GCCUUUGGGGUCCUGAAUUAAAUACGCGGAAGAGCCGACAGGCGGAAGCGGGUCUGUCAGGGAAGAUACUUUCGCAGAAUUGGACACAAAGAAGCCUUGUAAUCUAAAAUAAAAUUGAUAUUUAGUUUCAAACGUAUUCCCGGGUCCCAACCAGCGUCUGCUGCAAUGAUUCUGCUAGAAAUUAACAACCGGAUUAUAGAAGAAACGCUGACGUUGAAAUUUGACGGCGCAUCCAAUGGGACCAAACCAGAGGCAGUGGAGGUGACAUUUGCAGAUUUCGAUGGUGUCCUCUAUCACAUAUCUAACCCUGAUGGGGACAAGACAAAGCUGAUGGUCAGCAUCUCUCUAAAGUUCUACAAGGAGCUACAGGAGCACGGAGCUGACGAGCUGCUAAAGAGGGUCUAUGGGAACUUCCUGGUUUCACCUGAGGCGGGCUACAACGUGUCCCUGCUCUUUGACCUGGAUGCGGUCCCUGCCAACAAAGAAGAGGUGAUCCACCAGGCGGGCAUGCUGAAGAGGAACUGCUUCGCGUCCGUGUUUGAGAAGUACUUCAAAUUCCAGGAGGAGGGCAAGGAGGGAGAGAAGAGGGCGGUGGUCCACUACAGAGAUGAUGAGUCCAUGUAUCUGGAGGCGAAGAAGGACAGGGUGACCGUGGUGUUCAGCACAGUGUUCAAAGACGAUGACGACGUCAUCAUUGGGAAAGUGUUCAUGCAGGAGUUUAAGGAAGGGCGACGGGCCAGUCACACAGCCCCCCAAGUUCUGUUCAGCCACCGGGAGCCCCCCCUGGAGCUGAAGGACACUGACGCCGCCGUGGGAGACAACAUCGGAUACAUCACCUUCGUCCUGUUCCCACGACACACCAACGCCAACGCCAGAGACAACACCAUCAACCUCAUCCACACCUUCAGGGAUUACCUGCACUACCACAUCAAGUGCUCCAAGGCCUACAUCCACACACGCAUGAGGGCUAAGACUUCUGACUUCCUCAAGGUGUUGAACAGGGCCCGGCCAGACGCUGAGAAGAAGGAGAUGAAGACCAUGUCGGGCAAGACGUUCUCACGCUGAGGCUGGUUCAUGCGAGCACUCAAACCCCUGGACAAGCCCAACCGCGCCACACCAAGACUCAAUACCACAUUGGACAGGACCACAGGCCCCUCCUCUAAAGCCCUGCCAAGCCCAGCUCAUGUCCAGCCUGUCUUUUUUUUUUUUUUUAAUAAAGUUGGCUCCUCUUUGAAUAAAGUUGGCUCUUUUUAGAGAAAUCGAGGCUUAAAAAUAAUAAAAAAAGGGCAUUCCUUGCUUUGCGUAGUUAAAAGAGAAUUACUAGUCCUAUAUAAAUAUAUAUAUGAAAAAAAUGAAUUUUUUUGAUACGAUAUCUUUUACUCCAUUUGGUACUCUUGCCUUGCUGACUCUUUCCCUCCCUCUGGUGGUAUCCAUGCAUUUGAUGACUUCAGAACCCCUCUCCCUUUGUCUUUCCUCUCCUGUCUAUGCAUCCAUUUUGUCUGUACCAUUGUCAUUGAAAAAUAAACCAGUCUUAUAAAAAGUUC